AUGACUUUUAUCACCCGAUGACUAUUCUCAACCAACCACAAGGAUAUCGGAACUCUCUACCUAAUCUUCGGCGCAUGAGCCGGAAUGGUAGGAACCGCCCUGAGCCUCCUAAUUCGAGCAGAAUUAGGCCAACCCGGCGCCCUCCUUGGAGACGACCAGAUUUAUAAUGUGGUCGUCACUGCCCACGCCUUCGUCAUAAUUUUCUUUAUAGUUAUACCAAUUAUGAUUGGAGGAUUCGGCAACUGACUAGUCCCCCUCAUAAUCGGAGCUCCAGACAUAGCAUUCCCUCGGAUGAACAACAUGAGCUUCUGACUCCUACCUCCAUCCUUCCUCCUUCUAUUAGCCUCUUCCACCGUAGAAGCAGGGGCUGGAACAGGAUGAACUGUUUAUCCCCCCCUAGCCGGCAACCUAGCCCACGCCGGAGCCUCAGUGGAUUUAGCCAUCUUCUCCCUCCACCUAGCAGGUAUCUCCUCCAUCCUAGGGGCCAUCAACUUCAUCACAACAGCAAUUAACAUAAAACCUCCCGCCCUCUCACAAUAUCAAACCCCCCUAUUCGUCUGAUCAGUCCUAAUUACUGCAGUCCUCCUUCUCCUAUCCCUCCCAGUCCUUGCCGCUGGUAUUACCAUGCUCCUCACAGACCGCAACCUAAACACUACAUUCUUCGACCCAGCAGGAGGAGGAGACCCUAUUCUGUACCAACACCUAUUCUGAUUCUUCGGUCACCCAGAGGUCUACAUCCUAAUUCUACCAGGAUUCGGAAUUAUUUCCCACGUCGUAGCUUACUACGCAGGGAAAAAAGAACCAUUCGGCUACAUAGGAAUGGUAUGAGCUAUGCUGUCCAUCGGAUUCCUAGGAUUUAUCGUAUGAGCCCAUCAUAUAUUCACAGUAGGAAUGGAUGUAGACACCCGAGCAUACUUCACAUCCGCCACCAUAAUCAUUGCAAUCCCAACCGGCAUCAAAGUCUUUAGCUGACUAGCAACUCUUCACGGAGGGACUAUCAAAUGAGACCCUCCAAUACUGUGAGCCCUAGGCUUCAUCUUCUUAUUUACCAUCGGAGGCCUAACAGGAAUCGUCCUUGCUAACUCCUCUCUAGACAUUGCUCUACAUGACACUUAUUACGUAGUUGCCCACUUCCACUACGUUCUAUCCAUGGGUGCAGUGUUUGCUAUCCUAGCAGGCUUUACACACUGAUUCCCCCUAUUCACUGGCUACACCCUACACUCCACAUGAGCUAAAAUCCACUUCGGAGUUAUAUUCGUAGGAGUAAACCUAACCUUCUUCCCCCAACACUUCCUAGGCCUAGCAGGAAUACCACGACGAUACUCAGACUACCCAGACGCCUACACAAUGUGAAACACCAUCUCUUCCGUAGGUUCCCUUAUUUCCCUCACAGCCGUAAUCAUGUUAGUCUUCAUUAUCUGAGAAGCCUUCGCAUCAAAACGUAAAGCCUUCCAACCAGAACUGACAAGCACUAAUAUUGAAUGAAUCCACGGCUGCCCACCUCCCUACCAUACCUUCGAAGAACCAGCCUUUGUCCAAACACAAGAAAGG